CGUUGAAAAAAAAGAAAAAUCACUCAAGAAAAAGCAGCCAUUGUUAUCAUCAUCAACAAAACCGUGAGAGCUCUCGUCAGACUUGGACUCACUGAUCGAAAACGAUAAAGCUCUCAUAAGUGAAACUGAGUUAGUGAUUUCAGGUGGAAUGGCGAAGAGCUACUUCAAGCAAGAGCAUGAUCUUGAUAAGAGACGUGCAGAGGCUGCUAGGAUUAGAGAGAAAUACCCUGAUAGGAUUCCGGUGAUUGUGGAGAAAGCAGAGAGAAGUGAUAUUCCAAAUAUUGAUAAGAAAAAGUACCUUGUCCCAGCUGACCUAACCGUGGGGCAAUUUGUUUAUGUGAUCCGCAAAAGGAUUAAACUAAGUGCAGAAAAGGCAAUCUUUAUUUUUGUGGACAACGUUCUCCCACCUACAGGUGCAAUUAUGUCUGCCAUAUAUGAAGAAAAGAAGGAUGAAGAUGGAUUUCUUUAUGUCACUUACAGUGGUGAGAACACUUUUGGUUUCUAAAUCCUAAGACAGCCUCUGAUUCACCUCUGCCCAUCUUCAUUAUCUUAUCACUUUUCUAUGCUAAUGUUUCUCUUAUUCUCCCUACUAUAUGAACAACUUGCUGGUGAUAUUGUGUAUAUAUAUUUAAAUUUGAAUAUAUAUGUAUGUACAUACUACUACUACUACUACUACUACUAUUAAGCACCUUGUUAAUGCUAAAUUCGUAUUCUCAGUCA